AUGAUCCAUGCGGCUGCUCCCCAUUUUCUAUGGCCGUUUGCGGUCCAGUACACUGCGCAUCAGCUUAACCUCUUGCCCCAUGUCUCCUUGCCGGAGACCUCGCCUACACUGCGUUGGACGGGGGAGGUUGGCGAUGCGUCGGCGUUCUGGGUCUGGCGAGCUCGUGCCUUUGUCCGCGAUACCUCCGCGGACAAGCUCUCCUCAUGCGCCAUUCCCUGUGUCUUCCUUGGCUUCCCCCCUGACGCGCCUGGCUGGCAGUUUUACCACCCCACCUCGCGCCGUGUUCUGUCCUCUCAGGACGUCACGUUUGACGAGUCGCCUGUCGAGGUCACUGGUGACUCUGGUGCUGCUGGGGGUGUUGAGCCUGAGCGUGCGGAGCCUGGGGGUGCUGAGCCUGCGAGUGUUGAGCCUGAGCGUGCGGAGCCUGGAGGUGCUGAGCCUGCAGGUGUUGAGCCUGAGCGUGUGGAGCCUGGGGGUGCUGAGCCUGAGUGUGCGGAGCCUGGGGGUGCUGAGCAUGCGAGUGUUGAGCCUAAGUAUGUGGAGCCUGGGGGUGCUGAGCCUGAGCGUGCGGAGCCUGGGGGUGCUGAGCCUGGGGGUACGGAGCCUGGAGUUGUAGAGUCUAGGUGUGUUGCGCCUCGAGGUACUGCUUCGCCAAUACGGGAGCCUCUCUCACCUUAG